AUGCCCAUCCUGGAUGAUGCCUACGAUAUGAUUCAGUCUGUGAUAGCUCAAAUCACCACUAUUGAUGCACGUAGCUUCACCACGACUGAUCUGGAGAUCUACAACUUGAAGAAGCAACUGGAGAGAUUGAGGGCAGAAACAGAGUUCUACAAGAAGGAGACACAGAAGCUUAGAGGGCACGCUCAUAGAUCUGCAGUUGAAAUCCAGGCGACGGGAGAAAGACUGUAUGGUGCAAAAUGCGAGAUUCGCCGUUUGCAGACCUGCCAGGAAGAAACAGAAGCCGCGCACCAGCAGGUGGUCCAAGACUCAGACAGCAAGACUCAUGAACUUAUAGCUCUCCAGAAGAAACAUCAUGCCAUUGAAGCACUCCUUAGAAUCCAUAGCGUGGAGCUCCAGGAUGCGCAGCAAUACUUGUCGAAGGUCGACAAUGUCCCAGAUGCCGAUGUCCUUCAUGCCAUUCAAAAAGUCAAUGCAGAAGUUUUCCACAUGGCAGCACAGCUUGCAGAGUCACUGAAAUUCGACAAUCAUUGCCCUGUAGACUUCUGCAAUCAGUUGGAGGAAGGCACCCAACUCGAGGGACGCUUGGGACUGACGCUAGUCCAAUCUCGGAAAUGUUUGGGACACCAAGACGACCCAAUCUGUGUGCAGAUUGCCUUGCAGGGAUGCAUGACCAUGUUCUCAAACUGGGUUAUAGAGACAUGGGACUUCCUGAAUUAUACAGACAAGGGGCCCUUCGGAAACGUGUACGCAUCCCUGAACGAGAAAGAGACCCAAAAUGUUGCCGGCAGGUGGCGAGUUCUGACUCGUUCUCACAUCAAGUCACUUUUGCCCAAGGAACCCGAAGUGGCACGCAGGUUGCAGAAUCUGCUGAUAUACAAUAUCAGUGAAGUCCUUCACACUGCUGGUUUACGACAGCGGCCCCAGGAGAUGGAGGAGGCCCUUGAGCGCAUUCACGGGGAGCAAAUGGGCUCUGUCAUCAGGUUGUGCCUUGGCCUUCGCACUGCAACGGGAGAACACAUUUUAUCCAGAGACAUCGAAACUCUGGUUGUGGAACCAGGUGUAUCCUUCGAUGUCGAACAGAUGCAAGAUGCGUUUAAUGGGGUAGACAUUGAAAAGGGCAGGACGGCUGUCCUCUGCGUGACGGAACUUGGGCUGCGAUGUGUCGAAAAGGAUGGUAAUGGCAAAAUGCAUCGCACAACAUUGCUAAAGCCAAAGGUAGCAUUGGAGACCAUGGUACGGGAGUUGGGGGAGCUCGGUUUCAGUGACUUGAAGAUCUCGGGCCCAGUGUGA